GUACCAGCCCUCCGGAAUCUGUGGGACAACGAGGGGCAGCUCCACCCACAGGCCGUUGAUGGAGAUCCAGGAGCCCAUCCCGAACAGACAGGCCAGCAGGGACUUCUGGAGACUUGGAUUAUGCCAGAUUAUCCCCAACUUCUUCAGUUGUUAAGGGAAACGCUGCAACGCUUUUGCUGUGAAGCUCCAGCCAUGUUUAGGGGACUGAGAAACUUCACUCGGCUCCAUCGGCAUGGGGAUGCUGACGUGUCACUUAAAAACCAAUGCCUGGUUAUCUUGGAAUGAAGCCUGUGAUAAAGAUUAGUUAGCAGCACAUGACGGACUCUUCUGGCGCAGAGGCUUUAAGCCACAGUGAAAAACGAGAAUACACCACACCAAGUACAUCAGGUCAAGGAGAAGAUGGGCCAAAGCCAAAGAAGGUAUCUCUGAAGAGAACCACCGGUAAUGUUACAAAUGCAAAAGCCAAGAAGCAGAAAAGGACCAGAGCCUCCCGGCCUGCCCAGCUUGGCUACACUGUCCAUCAAGGGGAAGAUAUGCUUCUUGUCAUAUCGAGUACGACUUCUCAGUAUGCUGGGUCAGCCUGGACUCCCCCAAAGAAACGAAGCAAAAAGAGGAAGUUAGCCAAAGGAAAAGUGAAAGGAACUCCGAUUAAGAAAAAAAAGACAGCCCUUGCCAAGCCUAAACUUGAAAAUAAUAUAACUGUCAAAGAGGACACUGAUUUGUUUGUGCCAGAGACAGCAACAGACCACAGAUGGGGUCAAAAUCUUCCUGAGGAGGUGCUCGUCAAUAUCUUUCAGAUGGUGGUUGUCCAAGAUGGCGCUGUACCAUUUCUGUGCAGGGUGGGCAGAGUUUGUCGUCUGUGGAACGCUGCUGCCUCUAGUCCGGCCCUGUGGCGUAAAGUGACUGUAGGUUACUGCUGGAUUGCACCAGGGAAAAGCCAGCUGCCUAAAACUGAGAAGAAGAUCAAGGACACUUUUAACUGGCUAGCAGAGAACAGAUUCUCUCAGCUUCGAGACUUUUCUCUUUUUCACUGGACAAAAAAUGUUAGCUAUGCAGUCGAGGUUGUGGCGCAGUUCUGCCCUCACCUUCGAUCCCUCACACUCUCCUACUGUACAGGCCUGACAGCAAGUGCCUUCCACAGCCUUGGCCUGCACAGCCGUUCUCUGCAGAGCAUCAAUCUCCAGUAUUCAGAGUUUCAGGUUGAGGGACUCCUGGAGUACCUUGAAAAUCAUGGCAGCCAAAUCAAGCAAAUCUGGUUCACUCAUGGACUAAAGAAUGACAGACUUCUGACAGCCAUCACCAGGGGAUGCUGCCCUGACCUGGAGUUGUUGGAGGUCAACACCAAGCUCGACAGUAAAGACUGCGAACUUCCCAUGUACAUCCAGGCCUUACAGAUGGCAUGCCCUAAACUCAAGACCUUUCGGAUGCUGAAUGUCAGACCUCUGCAUAAGACAAUGCGUAACAGUGCUGAUUCAACAUUGGGCUUCCCGUUACUGGAGGAGCUUUGUAUUGCAACCACGUCUUAUUCCUACAUGACCGACAAAGAUUUGUGGGACAUUCUCUUUGGUUCCACCAGGCUGCGAGUAUUGGACCUACGAGGCUGUUCGCGAAUCACGCCGUCUGGUCUCACAUCACUGCCCUGCCCAGAGCUUGAGUGUCUGUUCUGGGGACAGUAUUUCAACAGCAAUGUUGGGUUGUCGUCACCUAAGUCAGGGAUUCACAUGGUGACCCAGAAAUGGAGUCAAACACUGCAACAGCUUGACAUUGCAAAUCAGCUCUUCACAGAGGAGGACUUGGAAAUAGCUAUGAGUCACCUUGCUCAGGCGGCAGAGACAGAUAUCCUACGUUCACUCAACCUGAGUGGGACCAGGAUCACACCACCUGCCCUCAGGUCAGUCAUUACCCAAAUGACUGCUCUUGACUACCUCAAUCUUUCAUCAUGUCGUUAUCUGCCAAGAGGACUGAAGAGAAUUUAUCGUGGCCAAGAAGACAUUCGCAAACUGCUGGACAAAUUGGACUAAUUACAUAUGCAUUUGGUUCCAGAUAUUGUUAACUGAAUUUACAAGGCAUACAUGAAAGUCUUAAAACAUCCUUGUGGAUCGUCUUGUUUAUGUAAGGAGGAUUUUUGCCCUCAGGUGCUUUACUAAAUGUUUGUUUACACACAAAACACAGCACUCUUGGAGUUGUAAAAGAGCAGAAGCCACGCAUUUGGAUUACAGUGAGAAAAAACAUGAAGGGUUCAUUUGCAAAAACAAUUAUCUCUGUUGGGAUUUAUGAUCCUAAAUAAUGUUUUUGUUUUUUUUAACUGUGCACUCUGGGGAAUAUAAAUCAAGUGGAAGAUGGGUUGUUUUCAUAUCACGUUCUUUUACUUGUGUGUAUUUUAUUAUGCAACCAAGGGAAUAUCAGUUCAACUGGUGUUGGUUUAUCCAUUUAAAGAACAGCUUUCAUCUGUUUUUCCAAAUGAGCUCUUCAUAUAAAACUUAAGGGUCCAGUGUGUAGGAUUUAAUAAUGAGGUUGUAGAUCCCAACCAACUGGAUUACUGCUCGCCCUCUCCCUCCCUUCCCUCUCAAGCGUGUAAUAGAACCUGCAGUGGCUAUAAAACUUGUAAAACACAUGACAGAGCCAGGGUUUGGUUUUUCUAUUCUGGGCUACUGAAGAUCAUGGUGGACUCCAUGGACCUGAUCCCUCUGUAGAUAUGAAGGCUAAUUCUGAGGUAAUGAAAACUCAACAUUAUUAGCUUCAGUUGAUUACACACUCAUGAAAAUAUAGUUAUGGAUAUUUUAUUCCAUUUCUGCCAAUAGACUCCCCAAAUCCUACUGACUAGAACUUAAAGGUGUAACAGUAAUGUGAAUGACUCUCCUCAACUGUGAACUGAGAGGGACAUUCAGGUGUGCACACCGUGGUUUCUUCUGUAAUUAUGUGUUUCUUUAUGUAAUUUUUUACACUGAGUUACAGUAAUUGAAAACAAAUUUCUACUUAUAAAGAAGUAUUUGAAAUGAAAAAUAAAUGUUCAACAUGUCCAC